AUGGCUCAGAGAUUAAUAGAUGACUACCAUGGUGCCAUUAAAAUGGAUUUUCCCCCUUUGCAGUCCACUCCUAUGGGCUGGUCUGUCCCUCCUCCUGGUGUGUUUAAGGUAACUGUAGAUGGGGCAUGCUCUAUAGAUUCUGGGGGGAGUUCAGGGGUUGGUGUAGUUAUCAGAGAUGGGUCCGGCAUGGUUAUAGUAGCUCUCAGCAAGCUGCUGCCUUCUAAUUUCCCUGCUGAGUGGACGGAACUAUUUGCUAUUGAGCAAGGCCUUAUGUUGGCUCAAGAAAUGGAUCUCCCUCAAGUCAUGAUGGAAUUAGAUGCUCUUUCGGCGAUUCUUGCUAUUAACCAUGGCAAUAUUGGAGGUGAAACUGGUAAUUUGGUGGAAGGUAUUUUGCGGGCCAAAGCUUUGUUCUAUUGCUGCUCUUUUGCUUACUUGAAAAGGGACUACAACAUGGUUGCUCACGAGCUUGCUCAAUUCGCCAAGACUAAUUAUUAUUCUCAAGUCUGGAAAGGUGUUACCCCACCUUUUGUAUCUCAUUUGGUUGUAUCUGAUUUAGAGCCUCAUGCUGGUGGCUCUCUGUUGUAA